CCGAGACGCCGCGAUGGUUUUUUCGCUGUGGAAGGCUGAUGUUCGUCACCUCCUCGCCAUCUUUGGCGUGGUCCUUUUGGUCUCUCUACAUUUGCAUUUCAGAAAUCCCGAUAUCUCUGAUGUGCUUCGCAGACUUUGGACCUGGUUACAGCCGUCACACGUCCGAUUUCAAGGGUCCCAACGACAACUGGAUCAACAGAGACGAUACGAGACGGAAUUGCAGAAGACACGGAUUCAGAAUUUCAUGUACUUGAACACACCCUUCAUUCACUUGAGCUUCGGCUUAUGCCUUGCGGCGUUCUGGCGGUUGAUGCACACUCCCGCUUUGUUCUUACUUAUUCAAACUCUUGUGAUCCUCAUGGGAUAUUGCUUGCAUUGCUGGGCAGACGGGAGAGUUCUUUCGAAUGGUGAGUUUCGUGUUUGGAGGGCAACCUUUAUCUUCAUUCAUUUCACCAGCGCUCUCACCGCAUUCAACGACCCCGAUCUAGUACUGUUCUGUAUAACAGACAAGAUCUUGGGUUUCACCGUGUGCUUUUUGAAUUUGGUCUUGCUUGAUUGCAAAGUCACAUUGAGCCUCUAUACCUUCGAAGCAGUUUUGCUGUCGUACAGAUUAUGGGAUCUCAUCGGUUUCAAAGACCUGACGCCCAUCAUGGUUUUCGCUUCGGUUGCUUCACACAUCCUUUGUGCUGCCACCAUUGCUUUGGUGGACAUCACAGUGCGCUCGACCAAUGUGGCUAAGGUUGAUUCAAGCGACGCUUCAUCCCUGAUGCUGGGUUUUCGCCACGUCUUGCGGGGUCUCUGCGAUGGAGAUUUGCUACUGGACAGGAGUAGCUGCAGAAUUGUGGACGAUGCCAGUGGACUCGAACGCUUGUUGAAGUCCAACAAGAAACUCUGUGAAACCAGUUUUUUGGACCUCUUUCUGGACACGGAGAGCCGUCAGCGAUUCCUACAUUUCCUGCACACUGAUGAGACUGAGACUUCUGCAGAUCUUGCGAUUCCACGGGGCUUGAGGGUCUUCCUUCAGGGCGCCCACGGUCCCGUCUCUAUGGAUCUCUUCCACACCAGAAUUCCCAGCACAAUAGGCAACGACUACUGCUUGCUGGCCAUGAAAGAAGAUCCAGAGGAGAAACCUCCACCAGAUGCUGCGCCCGGUUCAGUUCCUCCUGCAGUUGCUUCAGCUUCCUCUCACACACGCACGCGACCUACGCGGAGCUCAGAUACUGAAAUCGUCGAUGCAUACGAAGACCUCAUGGAAGUGGCUUUGCUCUUCAGCAAUGAGACUGGACUUCUGGAUAUUAAACAGGUUCAUUUGGUAUUUCAUCGUCAAUCAUGGGCACCCAACAUCGAAUCAGGCAUGCCGACACUGCGGAGAUUCAUCAGACCUUCUGAUUGGGAUCGGAUUGAACAGAUGAUUCAAAAUGUCAUCAACCUGCCUCCUGCGGACAUAGAGCGCCGCUGCUACUUUCGCCAUCCCAUGCUUUUUCGCGUGCCGGGUUCUUCCCGGAGCUAUAUUUGUUCCAGAGAAACCUACAUCACUUUGGGCCAGCCAUCCGUUUAUCCCAUUGAUCAGCAGAGACCCAUCCAUUUCCGGAUGCAUCUGUCAUCUUUUGAUUCCAGUCAAAUUCGUCGUCCAAGAGAACAAGAACUGGAGGGCAUUGAUGAAGAAUGACUGAACAUUGAAAAAAAAAUGUGUUUUCGUCCUCCAAAGGAGCUUGCAG